CGCCGGUGCCAGCGCUCGGGGCGGCGGAGGCGCAGCGCCGGGCCGCGGCGGGGGUCGGGGCAGCGCCGCUCGGCUUGCGGGCCAUGAGCGCCGUGCGCCCCGCCGCGCCGCCCGCCCCGCGCCGCCGCCGCCGCUGCCGCUGACAUCGCCCCGGGCACCGGGACCGGAGGGGGCUGAGGAGGCGGCGGCGCCCCGGCCGCGGGGCUGCCCGGCCUCUACCGCGCCCGGGCGGGGAUGUGAAUGGCGCUGGGGGUGCUCGGCGGGACCGACAUGGAGUGGGAGAAGCUGCCGCGGCGGCCCGGUGAGGGCGAAGGGGAGGCGGCGGGGCCCUGGCCGGGCUGCGGGCGGCUGCGGCCCUCCUCGUACCGGGCGCUGCGCAGCGCCGUCUCCACCCUGGCGCGCAUCGACGACUUCUACUGCGAGAAGAUCGGGGCCGGCUUCUUCUCCGAGGUCUUCAAGGUGCGGCACCGCCAGUCAGGGCAGAUCAUGGUGCUGAAGAUGAACAAGCUGACCAGCAACCGGGGCAACAUGCUGCGGGAGGUGCAGCUGAUGAACCGCCUCUCGCAUCCCAACAUCCUCAGGUUCAUGGGGGUGUGUGUGCACCAGGGACAGCUGCAUGCGCUGACAGAGUACAUCAAUGGCGGGAACCUGGAGCAGCUGCUGGACAGCCCUGUGCCUCUCUCCUGGUCCAUGCGCGUCAAGCUGGCCCUCGACAUUGCCCGUGGCCUGCGCUACUUGCACUCCAAGGGCAUCUUCCACCGUGACCUCACCUCCAAGAACUGCCUGGUGCGCUGCGAGGCCAACGGCUACACGGCUGUAGUGGGUGACUUUGGCUUGGCGGAGAAGAUCCCCACCUACAGUGAGGGCAGCGAGAAGGAGCCGCUGGCUGUGGUGGGCUCCCCAUACUGGAUGGCACCUGAGGUGCUGCGAGGGGAAAUCUACAAUGAGAAGGCUGAUGUGUUCGCGUACGGCAUCAUCCUGUGCGAGACCAUCGCCCGCAUUCCCGCCGACCCUGACUACCUGCCGCGCACCGAGGAUUUUGGUCUGGACGUCACCACUUUCCGAACCAUGGUGGGAAUCGACUGCCCAGCAGCCUUCCUCCAGCUGGCUUUCCACUGCUGCAGUAUGCAGCCAACCUCCCGCCCCUCCUUCCUGGAAAUCACGCAGUGCCUGGAGGGCAUCCUGCAGCACCAGAUGGAUGCUGAGGGCUCCAGGACCACCCUCUUCAGUGUUGGGGAGAAUGUGCCCACAUCUGGGACGGCGGCCACACUCCAUGCUAGUGACCCACUCCUGUGCCCAUGCCCAGGGGUAGCCGGGAGGGCGGCCGGCCGCACCGAACAGUCACCCCUGCACGAGCUGGGGACACAGCACCUGCAGCCAGACCAGCACCUGUCCCGCAGCCAGUCCGACAUGUUCCCCCCCAAGUCGCCCCCCAUGCUGCGGCCGCUGGAGCCUUACGGUGGGGCCAGGACCAAGGAGACGCCCCCCCGCGUCAACCCCUUCUCCCAGCGCGAGGACCUGAAGGGAGGGAAGAUCAAGCUCUUUGACACACCGAGCAAGUCCGUCAUCUCGCUCACCUUUGAUCUGCCCCCGCCGGCCCCACUCCAGCUCAGCACCCCCGUGACACCUGAGCCCACCGUGGAGGUGCAGUGUGACUUCUCGGCCCCUGCCGCCACCCCCCGCAAGUGCCGCUCACUGCCCUCCUCCCCCGAGUUGCCUCACCGGGAGGGCCUGGCACUGAGUGUGGGGUCCCCCCAUCACGCCGAUGAUGCCCAGCCCCCUGCCCUCCCUCCACCCCCAGAUUGGGGAAAAGCCUCUCCCGCCAGCCCUGGGGUGGAGGAGCAGAUGGACUGCGGCUCUGACAGCCCAGAGCUACCGCAGCCCCCACCACCACCCUCCAACAGCAGCUUCAUCCGCACGGCAUCCUCGGAUGCACAGCCCUGGCAGCCAGAGCUGCCGGCCCACAACGGGCUCCUCUUCAACAACAACCAUGUGGUGGUCAGCAAACCCCUGGCUUGGGGCAGCGGGCUGGAGCACGGCUUCUCUGAGGUCGGCAUCACCUGCACGGCGGCGCUGGAGCAGAGAGAGUGUGUGGCCAUGCUGCCCGAGAACGGCUCCAGCGGCGUGCUGGAGGAGGAUGAGGUGCUGCCCUGCCCUGGCUGCUGCCUGGGUCCCUUCAGCUUCAGUUUCGCCUCUGUCUGCUACCGUCCAGCACCAAGCCCACCUCACUACCAGAACCUCAACUGUGAGGCCAAAAGCCUCCUCUACCACAACCAGGGUCACCACCAGAAAUCCACGGGGCUGGUGCUGGCACAGCCCAGCCGGAAGCUGCCAGAGGCACAGUCCUAGUGCUGGGGCUCCCCGGGGAGCAGGGCAGUGUCCCCUCGCCCCUCGCACCACCCCACAGCCGCAGUGCUGAGCAGAUGCAGGGGUCCGGUGCAUUCCCAUGGUCCAUCCUCACUCGCUCAGUGCUUCGUGGCUGCUGGUGGCCACGGUGCGCCGUGCCUUGGCCACCACAGUGCUGCCCCAGCACUUGGGUGCCUGUAGAGCCACGAUCAGUUACAGGUGGCUGUGGGGAACCCUGGGGGCGAGCUGGGUCCCUGCCAGGGACUGAAGUGCAAUAACACCUGUGCUCCGGGCACGCUUCAGCGCUGCCCUGGGCAGCAGGGCCGGUCCCCCACGGGGCCCCUGGGGAUCAAAACCUGGGUGUGGGACCCUCUUUCCCCAAGGGCUCACCCCUCUGUGGGGUCUCGCAGAGGGGUAUGCAGUGAGCCCGCUCCCCCAGGAGAACUGGGAGCCUCCUGCAGCCCCCAGGGUGAGGGGUGAGUGGAGCUGGGCUGAGGACAGAGGGGUCAGUGUGUGUAUGUGUGUUUUUUUGGGGAUAUUUUGGGGCUGGUGGGUAUUGCCAUGCUUCCCCACAGCAUGGGCAACACAGCCGGUCCCUGACACGGGGAGAGGUGUGUAGGGGGCCAUAGGGCAGUGCACAGGGAGGACUGCCAGUGCUGGUCUUGCCCCUGGCCACCCAACACUGAGGGCUGGGUGCUGAGCCGGCACGUCACCCUAUGUGCCCCCCGGCACACGAGGUGGGGAGCGGGGUGCUGGCAGAGGGGCUGGGGUUCAAUCCUGGCACUGGGGGGAGGGGCUGCCCAACCCCUGGCAAGGGUAGGAGCCGGCCUUCCUCCCUCCCGCACAAUGCACUGGUGAAUGCAGAACUCUUGUGUUUUUUUUAUUAUUAAUAAUAAUAAUUGCUAGUAAUAUAUACCCAGCUUAUUUAAAGUGUUCAAUAAAAACUGAAUGUCCCAGCAA